GCAUCUUAUCCACCUUGUCAUUAGCUAACUACCUGGUACUGCCGUAGAAUAUCCAUUUCCAGUAUCCCAUUUCUACUGUCCCCUGUCGUCGACAGUAUGGCAUUGCUGCCACCUACGCAACGCCUUUUGGACUUUUGCACCGUGGCAGUCUCUGGCGUCUGCGACGAAUGCAAUUCGAUACUCUCCUCAACCGAUGAGUCGAGAAACUCCUUAUUAGCAGGAUGUGGCCUUGCUUUGGUUAAUCUACUUUCUCGACAAGCCAGUCAGAUCAGCACAUACUAUCAAGCUCUACAGCCCGAAAAUAGGCGUACGGAUAUAGUUACAUUUGAUAGGCACUCGCUUGUAGUGAAAAGAUUAGAUGAUAUAAUCUCUAUUUCUUACUCCAAGUUCUACGCUUACCUCUUUAAAGACCUGCCUACAUGUUGGCGACAACUUUAUACUGACGCAAGCAUAUUGAAAUUCUGUCUUAAUAUCAUCUCAUCUCCUCAUAUAUACAGCCAUAGUAAGGAGAGUAGCAAGGCUCAACAUGAGAAACUAGGUCGGUUGAGUGUUGAGUUGAAUGAGCUCAUAAAAACUCUCGAUCUCGCAUUAAUUCUGGCAGGGGCUGCUGGAGAGCAGCGAGGUAGGGGAUGGAUUGAAAAAGCUCUCGAGUUGCUUCGCGAAUUUUGGGUGAGCUCAAGCUCCAUAGCGGGUGCUCUGGCUGUCGAGCGGCCCACCAAGAGACAGAAGUUCAGUGAAAUCGGAACUCGAACCACAUUCUCUACUGCUGAGCUAUUCACGCCUCCUAUAAAACAUCCCGUCAAAAGUGUUGAUACUCUUCCCAUGGAAUCAUUCCAAAUAUACAUGGACAGUCCUCGGGACUCGACAUUGGGACCAGAGCCUCUCAUUAUACACGGUGCUAUUCAGAGUUGGCCAGCUUUGACUACGAAUCCUUGGAAGAAGCCUUCUUACCUGCUCUCUCAGACCUUUGAUGGCCGCAGGCUUGUGCCAAUCGAAAUUGGCCGCAGCUAUGUGGACGAAGGUUGGGGCCAAAAGAUUAUCACUUUUGAUGAACUUUUGCGCCAGUAUAUUGACCCGUCCCUCUCUGGGGCACAAGACGAACGUGAUGGCGAGAAGGCCUCAUCUACGCAAGAUGGGUCUAUCGCGUAUUUAGCCCAGCAUCCAUUAUUUACCCAACUUCCUGCUCUGCGAAAUGACAUACUCAUACCGGAUUAUUGUUACACGGCACCACCUCCACAUCCAACGGAGUCCACCAUGGACCAGCCAGAGCUUGAGGAGCCCCUUUUAAAUGCCUGGUUCGGACCACCAGGUACAAUCACGCCAUUACACACUGACCCAUAUCACAACAUCUUGACGCAAGUGGUUGGGCGUAAGUAUGUACGUCUCUAUUCCCCCUUGGUCACGCAACGUAUGCAAGCCCGAGGAAAAGAGAAUGGGGUGGAGAUGGGAAAUACUAGUUUAAUGGAUGUUGGGGUAGUUGAAGGCUGGGAUGCAAUAUAUGGUGAUGAGGAUGAUGAGGAUCAACCUAGCAAGGGAGAUAUUGCAGCCUUUAGUGAGAUACCAUUUCUAGAUUGCAUUCUAGAGCCUGGUGAUGCCCUUUACAUUCCCAUUGGGUGGUGGCAUUACGUUCGAGGUCUGAGUGUAAGCUUUAGCGUUAGCUUUUGGUGGAAUUGAUACAUUUUACAUUUGAAACUAUUCCAGUAUUUCAAGAUAG